AUGUGGUUUCUAAGUUGCCCUGAAUAUGAGCCACUAAAUAUUGUGUAUGCUUUGGGACCCGGGAGAGUGGGAAAAUCACGUUUGUGUAAACUCCAUAUAAAGAAGGAAGAAAAGGGACACUUUGAAGACCCAGCCGACUGGGGACUGGAGAUUUUGGACACCGUCGUCCCUUCCCUGCAGGACCUAGGCAGGCACGUGAUGCACACGCUGCCCUCGCUGAGCAAGGAGGAAGUCUCUACUAUUUGGGGGAAUGUGUCAGAAUUCGUGGAACGGCAGCUAUCCCUACACAAGGGAGUUCAGAUUCCAGGACUUGGAACUUUCACUUUCACGCGGCAAAAACUGGAGGUGGGAAACAACAAGUUUAUUCUAAUUCAGAGGCCCAUAUUUAUCAUGGCGGAGAAGUUUGUACAGACCCAUGGACUCAAACAAAACAAAGUAUAUACACCUGGUGAUAUCCCAGUUGUUCCACUUAAUUUUGUCAUGAUAUCCCUAGAGGGUCCAUUUAACAGAGAUACGGUGGAAAGAUGUGUGAAGGAGACGUCGCUUUUUUUAUCACGAUCCAUUUCCACCAAACAAAACGUGGAGUUUACAUUCAAAGGAAUUGGGGUCCUCGUGAUCAAAAGUGGUAACGUGAAGAUGAGAUUUUAUAAGGACUUCCUUUUUACAGUGGAUGGAAGUGGGUCUUUGACGAAAGCCCUAGCAAAUAGGCCUGACACUGUGGACUCAGUGUUGUCUAGCAGAGAAUCCUUGGGGAAGCGGCCCAACAGCAUGCUUUCAUUUCCAAGGAUUGAGCUCAAGGAGAUGGAGAACAAACUGCCUAUGGAGACCACUGCAGAAGAAGGUGGACAGAAUGGACAAAGGAAGGGCAAGUUAAAAGACCAGUCAGACAAAGAACAAGGCGUCCGAGAGAUCUUAUCACCCAAGGUAAUUCAAGAUAGACAAGCCAUCUCCCCCGCCAAAGCAACAAAUGUCAGUUUCCCGCACAAACUGGAGCAGAAUGGGAGUGGUGGGAAGAAUAUGAACAUUGAAAGGUUACGAUCUCUGGGUGGUCUGAAAAAUGACAAUGAAAUGAAGCCUAAAAUUUCCCCAGCCACUUCUUGCCAGGAUCAUAAUAGGGCAGGACAGGAAAUGUGUUAUGUAUGCUUGCAACGAGCACAGCGGAAUUCCCCGUUGUACUACAGUGAGGAGAGGAAAAGGAGAGAGAUGGAAGAUGAGCGACUCCUACAGCAGUAUCAGAUGCUGAAGGAUCAAGAGGCUCUCUUCAAAGAGCAGAUGCAAAGUCUGGCUAGUAGAGAACAGAAUCAAAAAAAUGCUGCCUAUAAUCUUGGAGUUGCUGAAGCCAUAAGAAUCCACAAGAAUGAGAAACCUGAAUUUUAUAAAUCCUUCUUGUUUGAUAAACGGCCACUCAGUCCUGAGAUUAAUGCUUUUAAGCAAGAGGAAUAUUCCCAAAGUCUCCUGAAACAAAUGGGUCACAGACGGGAAAAGGACAUAAAACAAAGACAAAACAGAGAAUUGAUGGACCGCCUGGAACAAGUGCAGCUGACAGAGGAACUUGCUGCGCAAAGAGCCAAAUACAUAAAAGAUAAGAUGGAAGAAACACAGUGUUACAAGAGAGCUUUGGAUGCACAGAUAAAGAACAAACGCCCCCAGCUGCCCAUGUUUGAGCCAGACUCUUCUGAGCCCAUCUUUGGUAAGGAGGAGGGUGAGCUGAUGGUGGAACAGCGAAAGAGAGAGCAGAAUUACAUGAAGCACCAGAUGGAGGCAGCUGCUAACCGCAAGAAGACAGCCAUCUUGCACCAGCUGGUGGACCAAAAGUGGGAUUUGUUGAUGCUUCAGAGGACACACAAAGAGCACUUGGCAGACAGAAAUGCUGAGACUGAGCGAGUGAGCAGAAUCUACCAAAACUUACAGGAUGACUGGGAAAGGAGUGCUGUCUUGAAGAAGCAGCGGGACCUGGAAGAGAAGGCUUUUGAGCGGGCCGCCAGCAAGCUCUUCCUCCUGGACCAGUGUGAGAAGUAUCGGCGGUGCAAGCAGUGCCAGAGGCGACCCUCCAACGUGGGCAAGAGCAACCUGUGGCCCCUGAACAAGUACAUGCACGGCUCCCUGCUCCUCUUCCAGGCUUUGUCCCCCACCAUUCCCAUCCUCAAGUCCGUCCUCAGCCUCUUUCCUCCCCAGCAGGUGUCGGGGAGGCGAGAAGGCUCAAGCUGCAGCCCUUCUCCUUACGCCAACAAGCUCACUCCCCGCGGCGGCCGUGGUUUUUGGCACGCCCCGCCGCGAUUGGUGAAGAGGAACGCACGUCACGCCGGCUAUAAAAGGCAGGGCUUGAGACGCAAGAGAGCUUCGGCGCGCGCGGAUUGGGUCUCCCGAGGCCUGCGCUGGGUAGAGCUCGGAGCCCCGCCGCAGCCGCAGCUCUGCGACGAUCACUACAGCUCCCUCAGCAGCCGACGCUACCGCCGCCUGUACCACGGAACCGGCUGUAUGAUUAGGCCACAGUCUUUAAUGAGUAAACUAAGUCCUUCCUGUGGUGUUCUUGGUCACGCAUUUAUGGAGUUUCUGAAGGGCCCCGGAGAGUACCGUCAGGCACAGCACGACCUUUAUGAGGACAAGUGA